AUGGAAGGAAGCUGGUUCCACAGGAAGAAAUUCCCCUUCUACCUCAUUCUCAGUCUUCUGCUUCAAGGAAGAGGCGAUACUUUCACCAUCAGUUGCUCCCGGUUUGGCCAGCAGGGGAUAGAUUCCACUGUUCUGGAUUCAGUAUUUGGCAGAGAAGCCUUCCGUCCAGCCACCAACUUCAGCAUCCCCACCCGAGUCAACAUCUCCUUCACCCUGUCUGCCAACCUGGACGUGGAAGAACAUCUUCAGCUCAUGUCGUCCUUCCUGUGGCUAGAAAUGGUAUGGAGAACACUGUCUAGCCCAUUUAUCAGCUGGAACCCAGAGGGGUGUGAGGGUAUCAUGAAGAUCAGUGUGGCAACAAAAAAUCUGUGGCUCCCAGAUAUUUUCAUCGUUGAGUUCAUGAGUGUGGAUAAGACUCCAAAAGGCCUCACAGCAUACGUAAGUAACGAAGGUCACAUCAAGUGUAAGAAACCAAUGCAGGUGGCCAGUAUCUGUAAUCUGGACAUCUUCUACCUUCCCUUUGACAAGGAGAACUGCACACUUACCUUCAGCUCGUUCCUGUACACAGUGGAUAACAUGUUGCUGGGCAUGGAGAAGGAAGUGUGGGAAAUAGCAGACACAUCCCGGGAUAUCGUCCAGACCCACGGGGAGUGGGAGCUCCUCAGCAUCAACAAGUCCACCCUGAAGAUGUCUGUGGGCACCAACAUAUAUGAUCAGAUCAUGUUUUAUGUGGCCAUCAGGCGCAGGCCCAGCCUUUACAUGAUAAACCUUCUGGUGCCGAGUGGCCUUCUGGUUGCCAUUGAUGCCCUCAGCUUCUACCUGCCCACAGAGAGUGGGAAUCGUGCCCCAUUCAAGAUAACACUUCUGCUGGGCUACAACGUCUUCCUGCUUAUGAUGAAUGACUUACUCCCCACCAGUGGCACCCCCCUCACCAGUGUCUACUUUGCCCUGUGUUUAUCCCUGAUGGUGGUCAGCCUCCUAGAGACCAUCUUCAUCACCUACCUGCUACACCUGGCCACCACCCAGCCCCCACCUAUGCCUCAGUGGCUCCGCUCCCUUCUGUUGCACUGCACCAGUCCCAGGAAGUGCUGCCCUGCUGCACCCCAGGAGGGUCUCACCCCCACCCACCUGCCUGGCCUGAAGGAACCAGAGGUGUUGGCAGGGAAGAUACCUGGCCCUAGAGAGGCAGAGUUAAAUGGGUGCCUUCAAUCAGCAAGGGCCCAGCAGGGAGCUGAGGCCCAGAAGAAGCACCUGGUUGACCUGGGGGUGCAGUUCAGCCACGUGAUGGACUCCCUGCUCUUCUGCCUCUACCUGCUCUUCAUGGCCUCCUCCAUCAUUACUGUCAUCGUCCUCUGGAACACUUAGGCUUGGUGUCUAUCUGCUACUAGAGCUUCUUGUGGAGUCACCCCUUCUCCAGUACCAAGUGUCAUAGCCCCCCAAAACCAAAACCAAACCCAUUGCCCUUGAGUCGAUUCCGACUCAUAGUGACCCUAUACUAUAGGA